CAAAUAACAGAUGAUGGUCUCAUUACAAUAUGCAGAGGAUGCCACAAGUUACAAUCCUUGUGUGCUUCAGGCUGCUGUAACAUCACAGACGCCAUCCUGAACGCCCUGGGACAGAACUGCCCACGGCUGAGAAUAUUAGAAGUUGCAAGGUGUUCUCAGCUAACAGACGUGGGCUUUACCACUCUCGCCAGGAACUGCCACGAGCUUGAAAAAAUGGACCUGGAAGAGUGUGUCCAGAUAACAGACAGUACACUAAUCCAGCUUUCCAUACACUGUCCGCGGCUUCAAGUUCUGAGCCUGUCCCACUGUGAGCUGAUCACGGACGACGGGAUUCGCCACUUGGGAAACGGCGCCUGCGCGCACGACCGUUUGGAAGUGAUCGAGCUGGACAACUUUCGUGGUCUGACAAGCCAGACCCAUUUACCCAACAUCAAAGUCCAUGCCUACUUCGCCCCCGUGACUCCACCUCCCUCGGUGGGGGGCAGCCGACAACGCUUCUGCAGAUGUUGCAUCAUCCUAUGA